AUGCGUUCAAUGAAGAUGUCCAUAAUGGCUGGUUGGAAGUUUUCAUGCGCCAACACAACUUGUACACCUUUCAUGACUGCCGGCGCAGCGAAUGUUCGUCGAUGUCAAAUGGCUUGCUUAGCUCAAGACCUAUGUCAAGCGGCCAGUUUUCAGCAAUCCACUUCUAUGUGUCAACUCUUUGUCAACUCACCGAACCAACAGGGCAACUUGGUUGCAAAUGCGGGCACUAUUACGAUGAUAUCCAAAUCUGAAACACGUACUACUACGAUGAUGUUCCCAUCUGAAACAUGCAUGAAUACGACGGGAUUCACACUUGCAACGUACAUGCCAUAUACUACAACAACAUCAGCAAAUAAUGGUUCAAGUCUCUGGUCAUUCGAUAACAAUACGUUGGAUAGUCGAUCAGAUUACAAUGGAGUAGGUAUUAAUUCUCCAACAUAUAAAACACCUGGAAUCAAUGGACAUGGUUCUGCUUUAUCGGUUGAUGCGUCAAUUGGACAAUAUGUUAGUGUAUCAAAGUAUCGAAAUUUUACUUACACAAGUUUCACUAUUGAAAUGUGGUUUUAUCUUACUGAGUUAACAAGCUCUGCUUAUGGUCUGUUUGGUCAAUAUUAUAACUCAGCUACAGAUCAGUCAUUACAUUGUAAAAUCUACAAUGAUGCUAUGUAUUUUGGUUUUUGGAGUGAUGACCUUCAAGGUUCGACAGCGGUUCAAGCCAACACUUGGUAUCAUGCUGCUUUCGUUUUCAAUUAUUUAACCUUGACAAGAAAAAUAUAUUUAAAUGGAAUACUAGAUACAAGCGGAAGCUCAUCAUAUUAUCAAGGUGUAAGUGGUUCAAUUGUGAUUGGGAAAACUGAAGAAAAUCCUGGUAUCCCUUAUUAUUUCGCGGGUUACAUUGAUGAAGUAUCUGUAGUAAUGCGAGAAAAACAGCCGAAUGAAAUAUUAGACGAUGCUACAUUGGUCACAUGGAAUUCGUUUGAUAAUCUACCAUAUUCUGAUUCAGGUCCAUUGAAUCUCAAUGUGAAAGUCAGUAAUCUAACAUCAGUCAGUGGACGAGUGAAUGAAGCUGUUCGCUUCAGUUCUAACUUAUCGUAUUAUCAGAUGAAUGGGUUUGUUCUUCUUGGUAUCUCAAAUUAUUCAUAUUCGAUAGCGCUGUGGACUCGUCCAUCAUCAACAAGAGGAUCAGUUUUGGUUCAUCUCUCCACAACAACAGAUGGAAAUGGCUGGUGUGUUGAUCUGAUGGGAUUCUCUUCAUCUGGUCAAAUAAUUGUCACUGGAUGGCAUUCUACAUCAAAUGUCCAAAUUGUAGGUCCAAUUUUACCUGCUAAUGUUUGGACACAUGUCGCAACAACUUAUUCAACAACAAAUGCACUUAGAUUAUAUAUUAAUGGCACAUAUUAUAAUUCAUCAAGUGCUUUUAAAUAUGUGGCUUCUGGUACGGUUAACAUAUUAACAUUGGGUAAUCCUCUUCAAGCAGUUCCAUUCAAUGGUACAGGUGGGUGCAAAUCACAAUCGAUUGUUCCAAAUGUUUAUGAUGGAUCUAUUGAUGAAUUUGGUGUUUAUUCAAGAGAACUGAGUUCAUACGAUAUUUGUGCGCUUGCCAAUCCAUAA